AUCAACUGAUGAAAUCAAACAAAUGCUUAAUCAUCGUUUAACUUCCCGUGAUGCAGCUGAAGGUCUUGUGAGACGUAUAUUUAAGAAUGAUCAAGGUGGAUUAUCGGGAAGCUCUGAUUGUCUUGAAAUUCCAUGUCCGUGUGAUGAACCUGGUAUUUUGGGACCAUUUUAUGAUUUCAAUUUAUAUAUUAGUAAGAGGCAAGAAAAAUGUGAGACUAAAAAAUUUUAUUUGCAAGUCACCUCCAAUUCAGCAUUAGAUACUAACAAGUCAACUGAUAUUAAUGAAAUAAACAAUCAAGCUGUUAAUAACAAGAACGCAGUAAUUAUUGAUUUAAAAGAUUCUUAUGAAUUGCCAAAAGAAAAUGAUGUUUCUACAAGCAAAAUUACUCAAGUAAUUGAAGCAAAAGGAUGGGAGUAA